AGAAGUCAGCGCUCUCAGGAGGCUGACAAACCUCACAGAAGAAAGGGAGAGAAAACCUACAGCUGUGAUGAGUGUGGGAAGGAAUUUACCCUGGCUGGACACUUAAAACAACACCAAAUCAUCCACAGUGGAGUUAAAGCGUACAGUUGUGACUUGUGUGGAAAGUCUUUUACACUGGCUCAAACCUUAAAAACACACCAACUCACUCACAGUGGAGUUAAACCUUACAGCUGUGAGUUUUGUGGAAAGUCUUUUACCUUGGCUGGACACUUAAAAACACACCAACUCAUCCACAGUGGAUUUAAACCUUACAGCUGUGAGUUUUGUGGAAAGUCUUUUACCCAGGCUGGGGGCUUAAAAACUCACCAACUCAUCCACAGUGGAGUUAAACCUUACAGCUGUGACUUGUGUGGAAAGUCUUUUACCCAGGCUGGGGGCUUAAAAACUCACCAACUCAUCCACAGUGGAGUUAAAGCGUACAGUUGUGACUUGUGUGGAAAGUCUUUUACACAGGCUGGAGACUUAAAAAGACACCAAAUCAUCCACAGUGGAGUUAAACCUUACAGCUGUGAGUUGUGUGGAAAGUCUUUUACCUUGGCUGGACACUUAGAAACACACCAACUCAUCCACAGUGGAUUUAAACCUUACAGCUGUGAGUUUUGUGGAAAGUCUUUUACCCAGGCUGGGGGCUUAAAAACUCACCAAGUCAUCCACAGUGGAGUUAAACCUUACAGCUGUGAGUUGUGUGGAAAGUCUUUUACCCAGGCUGGGGGCUUAAAAACUCACCAACUCAUCCACAGUGGAGUUAAACCUUACAGCUGUGACUUGUGUGGAAAGUCUUUUACCCAGGCUGGAGACUUAAAAAGACACCAAAUCAUCCACAGUGGAUUUAAACCUUAUAGCUGUGACUUGUGUGGAAAGUCUUUUACCCAGGCUGGAGACUUAAAAAGACACCAAAUCAUCCACAGUGGAUUUAAACCUUAUAGCUGUGACUUGUGUGGAAAGUCUUUUACCCUGGCACAAACCUUAAGAACACACCAAGUCAUCCACAUUGGAGUUAAACCUUACAGCUGUGAGUUGUGUGGAAAGGCUUUUACCAAGGCUGGAAACUUAAAAAGACACCAAAUCAUUCACAGUGGAUUUAACACUUAACCCCCCCCAGAGAGCAGUCAUAAGGGAAUCCACACAGGAGAGACACCAUACAAGUGCAGACACUGUGACAAAAGCUGGUCACAAUCAGGUCAUAGUAACAAAGAUGAAGAUGGUAAUAUUGUGUAUCUGAGUGACUUUUAGGUCUUUAUGUCCAUCCCAUGUCAAAUCGGAGCAGAAACAAAGGUGUUGCAUUUAUAUUUUUGUUGAGUGUAGUUUUUUAUCUUGUAAUUUUAACCUGAUUGUUUGGAACAAGUCUGAUCAGUAAAUUUAUGGAGUUAUACUGAAUGAACUCUUUGGAAAAAUGAAGACUCAUUUUCUCUCAGUAAGCUGAGUGUUGUAAUGUAAACAGUAAAAUGUAAUUGGACUUUGGCAGAGAUGCUUUUUAUUUCAGGCAACGUUCAGGAUAAAAACGUUGAAGGAAUUCCCUGACUUACAAUGUCUUUGUUUAGAAGUGGAGCGACGCACAUGGAUCCAUUUCUCAACCCUGUCGUCACUGUGGUGGUGGGAAAGAGUUUCUCUGUGAUCUUUGUGGAAAAACUUCCAAUCAUCAACGGGACCAAAAACCACAUCAACGUAGACACACUGGAGACAAAAUGAACUACUGCAAAGAAUGUGGGAGAGGCUUCCACACACCAAGUACAUUAAAAUACAUGAACUCUUCCACAGUGGGGUCAAAAAGCACAUCUGUGACCAGUGUGGGUCAUCCUUCACCACUGGACAUGAGCUCAAUGAAAAAGCAUAAGGGAAUCCACACAGGAGAGACACCAUACAAGUGCAGACACUGUGACAAAAGCUGGUCACAAUCAGGUAACAAAGAUGAACGUACACACAUGGAAGUGAACUUCAGCUGUGACAAGUGUGACAAGAGUUUCAGGAAUCUCAGUUCAUACUCCGAACACAAACGAUCCCACGCUGUAAAUAAACUGUUUCACUGUUACCAAUGUGCAAAAACAUUCACUUCAUUAUCUGCUCUGUGCAAACAUCAGCCUGAUCAUGCAGGACUGAAAUCACUGGA